AAUACGUGAUCAGCAACCAAGUGAGUAGGGCCUAGAAGUUAGUGAGAAUUUGUAGGCACAUUCUUGAAUAAAAAAAUAACGAUCGCGAACAAGCUACCUUUCCAGAUUCUUUUUUGCAUGUGAUGCCCUUCAAAAUUGCACUUUCUUCUUUGAUGAAUAAAGAUGAUAAAAAUGCAGACAUUUCUUGCUACAAGAGCAUGUGAAGGCCACGCUCCACGCUUGUGGAGCCACUAACCUGACUACUGGGAGAGCCGCUUCUGACGUAAAUCCUUUCCGCUUACUGUGGUCAUUGUCUGUGCAGCGCGCCUCACCUACCAUGCGCCCAGUAUCUGAGGGAUAGGCAGGCCGGCAGUUCUCAAUCAAGUAACUGUAAGCUAAGCAGCCCUCCACGCUCCAGACCACUUUUCGCUCAUCCCGUGAUCACUCUCAAGACCUACUCCUGGCAUCCAAGACUUACUCCUGGGAUCAUGUCGGUCACACUGAAGACCUCCUUGGGGGAGCUGAAGUAUAAAUAAGGACUAUAUUAGUGCUGGGGCAAAGUUUUGACAGUAUCCACUUUCAUUCUUCGAGAGGCGCGUUCUGCAGCACUUCUCUUCAACAUGCUUUGAGGGCUAUAAUAUAGCCACUCACUGCUAUAUAUGAUAUCGAUAUCCCUUUUCCUUCCUACUGAUGUUGGUCCUGAAUAUCUGCAGUCUUAAGUUGCCGCGCGGCAGCUACACCUUGCUCGGCUGCCAGAUCAUCCUGCUCCCAAAAACUUAAUCCUCUAAUAUCGUCCUCUAAUGAUCGCGGGAAAGUGCCAAAAGCAUGCAAGAACUUUCUUGCACUUUGCGCUAGCGACAACUACACGGGAAAAACCUUUCACCGGAAGAACGUCAAGCAGUUUAUAAUACAAGGCACUACCUUAAAAGUACGUCAUUGUCUAAUGUCCUCUUCAUCUACUUGUGACUUUUUUUUUUGUCUAAUGUCCUCUUAUAUGCUUGUCGCCAAAAAAGGAUGAAUCCAUUCACUCUCUCAUUACUGAAAAACAUCUUCGACAAAAGCCUCCGUAGUUCUAUGAUCACUGUAAACCAAGGCGGUGACAGUCGUUUACAUCGUCUAUGCUUUCGUAUUCAUCCACCCGUCCAUUCCCGUGACAUCUUCAGGCGGUGACACAGAAAGAGCGAAUGGGAAAGGAGGUAAGGCGUGGAGAGGUGAAGCCGGCUAUUUGGAGCACGAGAUAGGGCCCGAGUUGAAACACGACCGACGUGGGGUUGUAGCUUUCGCAGAGACAGGGAAAACGCAAAAAACUGGCUCGCAGUUCUACCUCACCUAUAAUUAUGAUAAAAAAAAGAUCACGAUCAGAUCAAGAAUUAUUAUGCCCUUUGUUGUACGUACGACAUCAAGUAAACUUUUACCCCUUAUUACUGCAGAUGCGAAACAAACGAAAACAAGCGCCUCAUAUUUACACGAAACUUUACACGAUGAUGAAGUCCUUGCAACUUCUAGACACAUCACUGCUAUGCAAUCGAAUGCAUGCGUCUUCCUCUUCCAUCCUAGCCAGAUCCCACAUCAUCUUCCAUCCCAAAUCCUCCCUUUUUCUCCCUUUUCCUUGUUCAUAAAGAGCGGCUCGGCAAUUUGGCGACGAAAAGAAAGCAAGACCGAUAAAUUAAGGCUUUUUACCUCAUAUGGAGCUUAAGUUGUAGUACUAGAAGAUGUUGUAGAUGCAAAUACGUACUUCACGAUGUGUGUGGUAGUAGUACUACACUAUGUGUGUGGUAACGGUACUACAACAAGAUGCGUGUGGUAGCAGUACUACCAGAUGUGUGUGGUACAACUAGCACAGCUGUUUUUGGGAGAGACAGUCCUUCUCAAGCUCAAGUUUAGCAGAGAUUACACAUGCUCGCGGUGAUCAUGUGCAGGCACUUAAUUCAGUCGCUUUUUAGAUUUUGUUUGAUAGAAACUAGAAGCGCUGGAUAUUGUCUUGACUUCUAAUCUGCUCUAAAAAUUCAAGGAUAUCGUUAUCGAAGCUGUGGAAAUUCACGCAAACCCUAUCGCGGAUGAAGAGGGGCACUAGAAGCGUCUGAAGGGCGCUAGAAGCGCUUGGAGGGCAUAAGCGGCGAUAUCAGGUGGAAGAGCGUCACUCUGGGAGGAAACACGACCUCGAGGCCUAUCACGCGCCACGAGAGAAGACAUGCCUACCUGUGAAAUCAUACUCGUUUCACAAGUUCCAUUCUGCUUGUCUAACUGCCGUUCAAAUUGCUACCAUUGAAGAUGCCGUGUUGAGAAACGCACCAACGAAAAACUUGAUCUUGGCUUUUACAUCUUCAACUCCCCCUCCCUUACCCGCUUCAGACUCACCCCAUGACCCAUGACUCUUGAUCUGCUCUAAGAAGCGACGUCAUUCAUCCAUGUAGAAGCCGUUUCUGCGGAUGCUAUGAAACAGACCGCGAUAAAUUACUUUUGGUGGC